CGAAUCUACAGUUAUUACCGCGUUUUACAAUGAACGACGUAGAACAAUGGGCUGAAGAAGGAUGCCGAAUACCGAGAGCAGUGCUGUUAAAAGGAUACAGCAACUGGAUAGAGGGGUACAUAACUAAUAUUAAAGGUGGAGUUUCCAUCUGAUGGCUCCUUUAUUGGACAGUCAGUGUGCAACUGCAAAGCUGGUCAGGGUCACUGCAAUCAUAAAAUUGGACUGCUGUACACUCUUGCACAUUUUUUGAAGCUAGACUGCAAAUCUGUCCCUCCUACAGUUAGUAAAACCUCACUGCCACAAACUUGGCACAUUCCACCACGUGCAUUAGGUUUAAGCCCAAAACCUAUUAAUACAGUGAAAGUCUCAAAAUUAAAGCCUUCGACAGCAACUCAACUUCCAAAGAAAUAUAAAAGAUGUUGUAAUGGUAUAGUUCCCAACCUCUAUUGCCCCAUUACAACCCCUCUGCCAAGUGAUGAGUUUGCACACAACCUCACACAGAACCUUUCAGCUAUUGGUAGCACCUGUCAAAUGAUGCAGCUACUUCAAGCAUCUACCAGACAUCCAGUGGAUAAUGUUGCAACAGAGUUUGGAGACCUGCCCUGUGGAUCAGUGUUGACUUACCAAUCCCUCAAUCUGCCCACCACUUCAAUCACUGAUGAUCACCCACUCUUUCCUCUGCCACCACAGACAUGUAAUUACACCACGGCUUUAAAUGAAAAUGAAAGCAAUUACUACUGUGGCAUGACUGUCACCCUCUCUGAUGCAGAGUUACUGGAGAAGGAAACGAGGGACCAAAGUACAAACAAGACCUGGCACAGUGUCCGCUCCCAGCGUCUGACUUCAUCUGUUUUUAAAAGGAUUGUUUCAAGGAUUGCAGACUUUGAAUGCUUAGCAACAAAUAUGCAAAGGCAGAAAAAAACUGUGCAGACCCUGGCAAUGAAAAGGGGCCUGCAGAUGGAGCCCAUUGCAGCUGCAGAGUAUGAACAAUUAACAGGUAAUCGCACAUUACCUUGUGGAUUCAUCAUAAAUCCUCAUGCCCCCCAUUUAGGUGCCUCACCUGAUCGUAAGGUGGUCGACAAUUCUGGGCUUCUUCAGGGGCUUCUGGAAAUAAAGUGUCCAAAUGUGGACACUUUUGUGGAGUGCAGUUACCUGUCUGCAAGGCCAGAUGACACAUUUGCUCUUAAAUGCAACCAUGACUACUAUUACCAGGUAAUGGGACAGAUGGGCAUCACUGGAAUGAAGUGGUGUGAUUUUUUUGUCCACUGUACCAAUGACAACCACCUUGAGCGGAUCCACUUUGAUGCCAAGAAAUGGGAGUCUAUGAAAACUAAACUGGACAUGUUCUUCUUUGAAUAUUUUCUGCCUGGCCUGUGCAGAUGAGGAGGCUAAAAAUAAAGGAAGGCUACAUACAUUUGGCAUUGUUUCUAAAGAAAUACAACUGUUAAAAGGUAAUUCUGUAAUGUGUCAUAACCAUAAAAAAUGAAUUGAGAGAGA